GAGGCAGACUUGUGGACACCUCCACAGCCAUGACCUGCUUUGAGCUGGGUGCCCAGGUCUUCCCCGUGGAGGUGUGGAUACAGGCCCCACAGUCCCAGCCUCAUCCAGAAAGAGAUCUGUGAGGAUUUGGCAUGGUCAGGAUGUUCCUGCGAGGCCAAGGCCCCUCUCAGGGUCCCAUGGUAGGGACAAGUGGGUGGGGUUUUGUGGGCAGGAAGCGGAAGCGUGUCGGGUAACCCCCAGCUGCAGUUGAAAGCACAAGAACUCACUCCUUGCCCUACACUAAGCCGGAGCUGGAGGUGGGCGCCCAGCGCAGAAAGGCCAGUGGACCAAUGGCUCUGCCCUGCACCCUAGGGCUUGGUGCACUGCUGGCCCUCCCAGGGGCCCUGGGCUCCGGUGGGAGUACUGAGGACAGCGUGGGCUCCAGCUCAGUCAUUGUGGUCCUUCUGUUGCUGCUGCUGCUGCUGCUGGGCGCUGGCUUGGCCCUGGCCUGGCACCGCCUCAGCCGCGACUCAGGGGGCUACUACCACCCGGUUCGCCUGGGGGCUGUGCUGUGGGGUCGCACUCGUCGCCUGUUCUGGGCCAGCCCUCCAGGCCGCUGGCUUCGGGCCCAGGCUGAGCUGGGGCCAUCAGAUGACCCAGAACAGCAGGAGGAUGAGCAAGAUGCGGAAGACGACUACUGCACAGGCGGAGGCCUGGAAGCGGCCGAAGCCCGGGAAGACGAGCAGCUGUGCAGAGAGGGGUGUGGCCCAGGGCAGGUCCUGGAGCAGGCUGAAGAAGCCCCUGACGGUGACAUCGAAGGGGGCCUAGGCCUCGGCUCCCAGGGGCCAGCAGGCUCUGGGGGCAGUGCUGAAGCCCUGCUGAGUGGCCUGCAUGCCUUUGCGGGCAGUGCGGCCUGGGACGAUAGCUCCAAGGCAGCUGGGGGCCAGGGCCUCCAUGUCACCGCACUAUAGGGGCAAACCUCAAUGGCCCGCUCCCGCCACGGCCACUCAUGUGCCUCUGCUUCUCUGGACACAGCCUGCUCUGGACUUGGGGUCCCCCUAAACCCCACAUAGAGCACCUCAGACUGUUGCCCCUCACCAGUUCCCAAGACUGUGCAUCCCUACAGGCACCAGCCAGCCAUUAAAUAAAACCCGUCCAGGCCCGUG